AUGAGCGGCGAGAUCGAUGCCGUCUACAUAUUUGACGAGCACAACGCCCCUCUCGUCGAGCAUGUUUACCGAUCCCGCCCGCCAUCGGCCGCGGCCAUCCUGCCCCUCUACCUCGCUCAUGCUGCCCCGCGACCGUCCUUGAUAUACCUCCCCGGAACCACACCUCCGGUGACAGUGUUCUCAACUGUACAGUCCAAUCUCCUGUUUCUGGCUGUGUCUGAGGUAGAUACGGAGCCGCUGUUGGUCCUAGAGUUCCUGCAUCGCGUGGUCGAUGUACUCGAGGAGUUUGUCGGCGCCCCGUUGCUUUCUACCAAGAUACAAGCGAAUUAUGAGGUUGUGGCGCAGUUGCUUCAUGAGAUAUGUGAUGGCGGAGUCGUGUGUAACACGGAACCCAAUGUGUUGCAAGAGGUUGUGGAGGUACCGGGGUGGAUGGGGAAGCUCCUCGGAGGUAUCAGCGUACCUGGUACCUCGACCCCUACGCUUGGAACAACCAACCCUCUGAAGCAAUCACUGGCCGCGGCCAGCGCAUCCCAAGGCCCCGCAAUUCCCUGGCGGCGCUCCGGGGUUCGACACACCUCGAAUGAGCUAUAUGUCGACAUUAUCGAAUCUCUAUCCGUCACAAUGGCCCCCUCAGGCAGGUUACUUUCUGCCUUGGUUUCGGGGACCAUCGCCUUUACCGCGAAGAUAUCCGGUGUUCCAGAUCUCCUUCUAUCAUUAUCAGCGCCGGGCGGCCAACAAUCUCUGGCGCGCAAGAUUGAGCUUCCUGUUUUCCACCCCUGUGUUCGUCUUGCUCGUUGGCGGGAUCGACCGGGUGAGCUCAGCUUUGUGCCUCCAGAUGGACGAUUCAUUCUAGCAGGCUAUGAAGUCGAUCUCCUCCCCAUAGACCCGAGUCUUGAUCAACCGCCUAGUCACAUGGAGAAACUAUUCCUCCCAGCUAUUGUGGAUAUCCGAAAGUCACUGGGUCCUUCGGGUGCCGACUUUGAGGUUCGGUUGACUCUGAACACCAAUUUCCCGGGACAGACCUCUUCUUCGCGACCAACCGCAUCGCGGGGCGGAUCUGGGACCUCCACGCCCUCUUUCCUUGGCGGUGGUAGUGGUAAUUCCUCUGGGCCGGUACUAGAGGAAGUGGUUGUGACCGUCCCUAUUUCCAAAUCUGUGCGGCACAUCACGGAUCUGCAGGCCAGUCGUGGUGAUGCGCAGUUCACACAUGCCACUGGUCUUAUUGAAUGGCGAGUUCCUACAGGCAAGGAUGCUGGGACGAUAUCCGGCACCGCAACCCUUCGCUGCACCGUGUCCGGCUACCCAUCCCCUGAUGAGGAUCUAGACGAUAGUCUGGAAGAUGAAGAUGCCGAUACAAACCUCCUCCAGGGUUACUACGAGGCUCCGGCUUCUUAUGACCCAACUACAAGCAGCACCCGAAAGAGCCGAGACCCUUCCAAACGAAAGAAGAAAAAGAAGAAGUCCAGCAAAAAGUCUCGGGCGGCUGAAGAAUCCGGCGAAAUCCCCGCUGAAGGCGUAUCGGAAGAACGAGUCAAAGUCAAAACACCUUCUCCCGAUCAUUCCAAACCUCAAACACCACAACCGCCAUCCUUCGCCCAUUCCUCCUCUCAACUCCCUGCCUUCUUCACACCUUCCUCUUCUUCUACCUCCCGCCCCGCCCCGCGCAGAACCAAGGCCCAAAUCAAUGCCAGCCUAAUGCCGAACUCAGCCUCAGUAUCCUUCUCCGUCCGCGGUUGGCUGCCCUCGGGUAUCAAGGUUGAGAGUCUGAAUAUUGAUCAGCGCCGCAGCCGCGGUCUAGGAGAGAGUGUCAAGCCAUACAAGGGGGUGAAAUAUAUCUGCGUCAGCAAACGCGGUGUGGAGCGGCGUUGUUGA